AUGGAGGUGAUGAGGCGGCGACGGUCCGGCCAGGUAAGCCCUGGCGGGGAAGUCGAGGAGAGCCGGGCACUGGCCGGGGGCGAGCUGGUGGCGGACGAGGGAGAAGAUCCUGAGAUGGGUGAGCCGAGGGGAGGCAUCAACGGCAAGAUCGGAGAGGAGCUCAUCGAGGACGAGGGAGACGUCACCGAGGGCCCUCAGGCAAAGGAGCGCUUCAGCGCAGAGCUCUAUGGCAUCUGCGAAGCCAGGGAGUACCACGAGGCAGGAGCGGAGGUGAAUCCCUUUUGGUCCAAGAGGGUGCAGGAGGAGGUGAGGCUUCGUGAAGCGAGGCCGGAAGGACUGCCACCGGUCCCGGAGUCAGGUGAUGAGGAGGAGCCGGUCAGGACACCUUUGAAGGCUGCGGAGGGAGAAGCAGCCGCGAAGAGGAAUCGGGCCAGGGCCUUCAUGUCGCCGGAGGAGCGGUUGGCGGAUGAGAAAAGGGAGUUGGCCUUGCAGGCGGUCAAGAGGGAUCUGAGACGGAUCGGAGGAGAGGGUCCGCCGGAGGAGGGCGGGCGGAACAAGGGGCCUUCAGGUGGAGGCGGAGAGGAUUGGGAUGGCGCCGGAAGCGCAGGAGACAAGGGAAGGCCAGCCACACCUGAUGACCGUCUGGAGGGGGAACUCAGCAGGGUGAUGAUCGAGGAGUACGGUGCGGUCAACAUGAACCUGGCUGAGGCGUUGCGGCAACGGAAUGAGCUGCGACAUAAGGUGGAGCGACUGGAGCUGGAGAAGAUUGUGGUGGAAGCGGAGGCCGAGCAGAACCGGAGGAUGGCGGAGCUGUGGGAAUCACGGGCACGGCAGGCUGAGAAGCACGUGGAGCUCUUGACGGACCAGAUCACGGUGCUGGAACAACGGCCUCAGCAAUUUCACACGCCGCAGCAAGAGGAGGAGCCGCAGCCACCUAGGCAAAAGCUGGAGAUGACGCCGGGUGGCACCAGGGUGCCGCAGGUCUACGUCAAGGGAGGAGAAGCCGGCGGCAAGCAGACCGAGGUGGACAAGGUCGAGGUCAAGGAGAUGCCCAACGAGACUGGACGGGCUACGGAUCUGCCGGAGCUGGUGGGCGAUGGAAGCCCGCUGACAUUUGGGGACUGGAUGGCCACGAUCGACCACUACAUGAAGGAAGCGGUGGAGAGCUUCGCGGAGUACCUCCAAGCGGAGUCCGAGACGGCGGAGUUGGCCAAGGGCGGCAAGGAGACCGCUCCCAAGGUGAAGGCGAUGGGUGGUGCAGGAAAGGAGGAGGCUGGACCCUGGAAGCCAUCGAGUGGUGGUGGGACUCCCGGGAAGCCGAGGGUGGUGGAUUUGUCGAGGGCGUGCAAAUGGUACGCGACCGACGCGGGUUGCAGGUUUGGCAAGAACUGCAAGUUUGCCCAUGUGUGGGACAGCCUGGAUCGGCAAAAGGAGCGGUGCUGGAACUGUGGGAGUUUGGAGCAUCGCAAAGCGGAGUGCCCGCGGCCUGGGCCCCAAGGUGGCCCGGGAGGAGGUCAAGCUGCGGCUGGAGGGGGCGAAGGAGCCAAGAGGAGAGCCGGAACACCGCCGGGAAAUAAGGGGGCGGUGAGGAAGGCUGCUGGAGGAAAGAGCCAUGCGGCGGAACCGGUGGUGGAAGAAGAAAUGGAGGAGGUCGUUGUUGAGGAGACCGGUGGGAAGGACAAGCUGAUGGCAGAGGCGACGCAGCUGUUGAAGAGCCUCAGGAUGAAGAAGCUCAAGGCGGCGAAGCUGUCAAAGAUCGGGGAGUGCCAAAGUUGGGGGCUUCUUGAUGGAGGGGCCACGCAUGCGCUCAGGCAAGCGCGGAAGGGGGAGACAGGGGAGGACCGCAUGGUGGAGCUUGCGGACGGCCGGGAGGUGGCGAUGCAGAUGACGGAGGGUCACACUUUGAUCUGCAAGGAAGCCACGCAGGUCAUUGUGCCGCUUGGAGCGUUGUACCUGCUGGGCUACAGGAUCCGCUGGGAGGAGGGUAUCUGCUGCAUCGAGCAUGCGAGCCGAGGCCCGUUGCCGGUGAGGAUGAGGCAGUUUUGCCCGGAAGUCCCGACGGAGGUGGCUCUGAGGUUGGUGGAGGAACUGGAGGAGUUCAACAAGGGGUUGCUCAGGAGGGCGGCGACAGCGGCGACCAAGAGCAUGAGGAAGCCGGACGUCAAGAAGGGCCUGUGCGGCAGGGUGGCGGAGGCGUGGAAGAAAGGAGAGAUGGAGAAGGUGAAGGGGGAGUUCGAGCAGCUCUUCCCGGAGGUGCCGGUGGCGCUGCUGGAGAGGGCCCUGGGCACAGGAGAAGGAAGGGGAAUCGCCUGGAACCGGGCGGCGAGGAGGAGGCAUGCCAAGGCGACAGGGUUGAUCCUGCAUCUCUUCGCCGGAAAGAGUGCGAAGAAGUUCAACUACGGGCAGUGGGACAGGGAGAUCAUUGCGGUGGACAUCCUGUCGGGCCAGGAUUUGCUUGAGGAGGACACCUUCGGGUACCUGGCUGGUUUGGCGGCGGAGGGAAGGACGGAGGGGGUCAUGGGUGGACCGCCGUGUCGGACGUAUUCCUACUGCCGGCACUUUGAGCCUGGCCCUUAUCCGGUCCGAGGAAGAGGAGAAGAGCGGUUUGGCUAUGAGGAGCUGAGCGAGGUGGAAGCAAAGAAAGUGGAGGGCGACAGCGUUUUGAUGCUGCGCAUGUGGAUCCUGGCGGUGCUGGCGAAUGGUGGCCGGGAGAUGGUGGGUCGGAAGGCAUGGAUGGUCAAGGAGCACCCGGAGGACCCGAGGAGCUUUGUCAGUGAGGAGGAGUGGGAGAGGGCCAAGGCCCGGGGGGGCGAACCGCCUUCGAUCUGGGAUUGGCCGGAGGUCGCGGCGAUGGAGGAGGCGAUCAAAAGGGAGGUGGUGGCAGCGGCAAGAAUGGCAAAGGCAUCGGCAGAGGAGAUGUGGAAGAGCCACGUCGAGAAUGGCCAUACCCCGUUUCGCCGAGACUGCAGGGCCUGCAUCCAGGGGGGACUCAGAGGAAGGAGCCAUCGGAAGAGGAGUCACCCGGCCUUGGCCACUUUGGCCAUCGACGUGACGGGCCCGUUCAAGACGUCUAAGGAGGGGCAUCGCUAUCUGUUGGUGGGGUCGUACGUCACGGCGGUGGCGGAGAACAUGGCCAAGGAAGAUGAGGUGGAGAAGGAAGCCAGGGAAGAAGGGGAAGACCCGAGUGAGGACGGCAUGAACACGGUGGAGGUCUAUGCGGACGCAGGUUUCGGGCCGGAUGGAGGCCGCUCGCAGCAGGGGGUCAUCGUAUGUUAUGGUGGCUGCCCAAUCCAUUGGACGAGCACGAGGCAGCCGUUUGUGGCAAGAUCGACCGCGGAGGCUGAGUUGUUGGCAGCCAUGGAGGGGGUGCUGCAAGGGGAAGCCUGGGCGGAGAUCAUCGCUGACCUGGAAGACAGGAAGGUCGCAUCGGUGUGGGACAGGGCGGGCAUCGAUGUGGAAGGGCGGGACCAGCUGAAGUCGUUGAAGCUGGUGAUGAUGCAGGACAAUGCGGCAGCGGUCACGCUACUGCAGGGCUUAGGUGGGUCAUGGAGGACGAGGCCACUGAAGAUCCGGGCCAGGUCGGCCAGGGAGAGAUUUGAGAAUGGCUUCUGGGCGCUGCAGCACUUGCCGGGCGAGACGAUGUUGGCGGACAUCGGCACCAAGGCCUUGGGAAGCUCUCGCUUGAGAGCACUGGCCGAGAUGAUGGGUAUGAAGAUGGGCGAGAACGACGCGAUUUCGGAGAAGGAUGAGGACCUUGUGAAGGUCGGGGAGGGGAACGCGGCCAAGGUGAGGGCGGUGCACAGUAUCGAGCAUGAGCGAGGCCUGAAGGUCUUGACGGGCAUCACGUGCAUUAUGCUGGCUGAUGCAGCGGACAUGGAGGAUGAGGAGGCUUCCCGGGAGGAGCUUCUGUUUUGGACGGCGCUUCUGGUGGCGGUGGUGGCCGCGUGGGAGGCGCUGAAGUGGAGUGCGAGAAGGGCAGUAGGUGCGGUGCGGAACCUGCAGAAGGGGGAGGAUUGCGGGAGUAUGUCAACUACCGGAGGUGGGGUGAAGGUGAAGGCUAUGCAGGGUGGUAAGGAGAGGGCAAGGCAGAGGUUGCUUGAGAAAAGGGCAGACAGAGAGAGCUCCGAAGAAGGGCAGGAACGGAGCACAGAAGGAGGAGGAAGGCUGGGCAGCAGUAGUUAUGCAGGGUGGAAAGUUGGAGGUGGAGAUGUGAGGCAGCCCGGGUUGGCGCCGGAGAAGAGUUCUGCGGCGGAGUGGAAGGUUUCCUUGGAUGAGGAUGAGACAGUGGUCUGGGAGGAUGUGAAGAAGAUCUUCCCGGGGAUCGUGAAGGAGCCGGUGGGGACGGAAGACCGCUGGUUGGAGAAGGGCGGCUACUACAUCAAGAUGCACUGCAGAAGGAGGGUCACGGAGUUUGACCCACGGAGGGGCCACAUGCCGAGGGAGAAGAUUGGGCCGGAAAGGAUCACGGUGAUGAGGACGUCGGGGCCUGUCUUCGUGCUGGGCGGCGACUACACGGUGGGGUCGCGGUCUGGCCUGAGGGAGUUCGUGGGUUUCACGAUCUUCAAGAAGCUGGAGGUGGGGUCUUGA